AUGGGGUUGACGUCAGAUGAUGCAACGUUAAUUACUUGUGCGGUGGAUGGAAGCAUGUGCAUAUGGGCCGUGCAAGAUGAGAAACCGGCUGUCAAGCCAUUGGAGCACAUUCUUGUUUCAUCAAAGCGGCUCUCUCGAAAGAUCGACGUUAUCGAAAAACUUACUGACAGGCUGGAUGAACUAAAGGAACUGUUCGACGAAGAAACGGACAAACUGGGAAAAGAAUACGACGAGAAGUUACGGGAUUUAAACGAGCAGCACGCAUUGGCUGAAAAACAGCUGAAAGACGAGCACAAAGUAAGUCGAAAGUGUUUUCUGAUUUAAAAUUGUCUAAAAUGUAUUAUACCUAUGUAAAAUUAUCUAAUCACUUAUUAUAUAUAUAUAUAUAUAUAUAUCAGAAAUUAAAAUACAUAGUUUUCUGUGAGUUAUUAUUAGGUCUAUAGUCUCGCGUUCAGUGGUUAAAGUUGAAAAAAUUAGUCUGAUUAUAUUAUAUAAUCCAAUAGCUAUUAAAGAAUUUUUAAAUAAAACUAAUAAUUCGGGUUUUUAAAAUUAUAUUAAAAAUACCCCAGCGAUAGUAAUGAAAUAAUCCCACCGGACUCCAAAGACUUAAGCUGAAGGGGGCGGAUAAUUGGAUAAUUUUAAGAAAGGGAAAACGUUGUCACCUCUGCCCCUCUCACUUUAACCACUGCUGGCGUCUAAAAAACAAAUAAUAUUGAUUGAUUCAAUUUACUCCGUGAGAUAAUUAAUCCGCAAACCAAUAAUACUGUUAUCAGAAAAUGGUUGCGAUGUUAGAAGCCAACGAAACACAAUUGAAAAAUGAAAUUGACACCAGAACGGAAGAACACGACACCGACCUAAACACAUUAAUAGAAGAUUACGAAAAUAAGAUAUAUAGAGCGGACAAGGCGUAUGAUGCACUGGACAAGAAGAUGUCUGACAUAAAAGACGAAUCUAAAAAGUGAAUGUUAACGUUUAAAAAUAUUAUUAUAUCAUAUAAUUAACGGAUUAUAUUUUAGAAAAGCAGAUAUUAACGUGUUGGUGCAUAAACAAACAAUUCAGGAACUAGACGAACAGUUGAUUAAAGACUUAAAAAAAAGAGACGACGAUUUCCUUAAGGUACGCAAUGUUAUUGAUCAUAGUACAUAGUACUAAAUUAGGGGGGGGACGCGAGGGGAUGGAGUUCCUCACAGUAAUGUGUCUGGAAUGCUUUUUCAUCCAACAUCCACUCAGUCCCCCUUCUAGUUUUUUUCCAAAAAGCACUGAUAUACAUGGAGAAUGUUUAAUAAUAAAAAUGUCACCGAUAGUUCAAAGAAGAUUUGAUCAAUGAAAAAAAUCAAAUUUGUGUAGAGAUUGAUGAAUUCGACAAUCAAGGUUACCGAGAAGUGUUAGAACUGAAUACUAAAUAUACCGCUAAAUUGAAAAAGUGGACUAAGAAAACACAAAACGCUAAGGACGAAAUGAAAGUUUUUGAAAAAAAUCUUAAUAAGUACGAUAUUAAUAAUUGCUUUCGAGUAAUGAUGUGAGUUUAUGAAUAACGAAUUAAUGAUUCAAGGGCAGAAAAAGUGAGACAGGACAUGAAACAUUUAGUCGAUAAAUACCAAGAGGACAUUAAGCAAAAGAUAAUUUCUAAUAAAGAAUUAGACGAAGAUAUAUUGGAGAAGGAAAUGGAAUUGCAGAAAUGCGGAAAUUUAAUAAAAGAGAAAGAUAGUUUGAUGAGCUUAGAGCAGUUGACGUUGAAGGAUGUAGAGGAGCAGAUCUCAGAGAGUAAGUUUGCCAGGGAAGAUCAAGAAAAAAUCAUAGAACCGUUGAAAGACGAACAAGUGAAUCUGGACAUAGUCAUCUCUGAAGUGAGUACCUCCAUAAUAUUAUUUAUUACUAUAGUACACGUAUAUAGCAGACGAGUCAUUUCGUUUAUUAAUAGUUAUGACUUUAUGGCCAUAAGGUACGUAUAGAGUAUUCCAUUUAAGCGGGCUAUCUCGUUAUCUCGGAAAGUAUGAAGUUUUUUCGGAAUUUGUUUUGUGGAAAAUUUUAGAAACAAACAGCUCUACAAUAUUACAUUUAUAUUAUUUUUUUCACCCUUAUUUUCGGCAGUAAAACCAUUACCAAUUUUUGAUUUUCAAAUGUCAAUUUUUAAUUAAUAUUCCAUCUAUUUAUGAAACUUUUAGUAUAGGUUGUCAUUUGAAAAUCAAAAAUUGGUAAUGGUUUUACUGCCGAAAAUAAGGGUGAAAAAAAAUAACAUAAAUGUAAUAUUGUAGAGCUGUUUGUUUCUAAAAUGUUCCACAAAACAAAUUCCGAAAAAACUCCAUACUUUCCGGGAUGAUUUUACCCGCUCAAAUAGAACACUCUGUAUGGUACUCAGUAUAGGCGGGCGAAUGUAAGUUCGCACAUUAGAUAUCACAAAAAUUAACCUGUACGAAAGUUCUGACAUGAAUAAAAUAUAUCUAGGUAGAACAUGUAAAUUCCUACAAGAAUGGCAAUUAUAAAAAAUUUCCUUUCCAUUUUAUUGAGUCUUAGGACUGACAACUAAGUUGGUGUGGUUAAAAUUUGUUCCGUUUUGUGUUUAGCAUGUUUUGUUGUAAUAAUACUAAAAAAAGAAAUAAUUCAAUUUUAAAUUGAAUCUAGUCAUUUGAAUUAAAUUUUAUGUGGCUUAUUGCAAAUGCUUAAACACUUCACAUAGUCAUAUUGUAUUAUUUUUUUAAAUUUUUUAUCAGAUAUUUUGUUAUUCAUAUUAUUUUGUUUUUCUUCGUCUUUUUUUCGUAUUUAUUGAGGUCUAUUACAAUUUGAUGUUCUUAUUUUGAUAUUUGUAUUUGUUUGAAAAAUUUUUAAAACUUCGAUUAUUUUGAAUACAUCGAACAGUUUGAAAAUUAUCGGCAAAUACUCAGUCAUAAAUAUUAAAUACUUAUUUGUGUACUUUCGGCGAAAUUCCAUUUCCAUGGCUAUGGCGAAUUAUUUCUGUUCGUGUAGGAAUUUACAUAUGGGUAUUUUUUUUCGUGUCGGAACUUAAGCCGGGUCCACACUAAGACGAACAUGUUUGUUCAAAAUGUUUCCUGACUCAACGAACUAGUGCUUCUGUGCAUUGAAAUAUUAGACAACAAGGUUCGUUCAACUUACACAAGACUUCCUGCCUUAUAAAUUGGCAACUUAAAGAUUUCUUUAUUUUAUUAAGAUUUAUUUAUUUUCAUGUUAGCACACCUACAAGUAUUUCAGUGCAAUAUUUUAACAAUAAAAACAAUAAAUGUUAAUUUAUUUUAUUUUAUAAAACAAAACGGGCCUUGGCCGAUAUUACAGAACAUUAUAUGCAUAUACAGUGUGUCCCACCAUGUCGACGGAUUUUUUUAGCGCUGUGAAUAUUAAAAUUUUUUCGAUUUUUUUUUUUCAGUCGGUUUAUCUUCGAGGGGGGCAUCGAUUUGGAGAAAAAUUAAAUUUUUAUUUUCAUCCCCUAAACACAAAAAAAAAUAUCGAUGUCCCCCUCGAAGAUAAACAAAGAAAAAAAAAAUUAAAUAUUAACAGCGCUAUAAAAAUCCGUAGAAAACAUGGUGGGACACACUGUAUACAAGAAAUAUUUAAAAAAAUAAAAAUAAAUAAAGAAUAUAAACUUUAGAAAAUGUUAAAAUAAAAAUAAUAUUAGCAGAAAGAAAUCGGCGGGUCCUCAUUAGAAAUACACAUCAUUUUGAACAACGGUCUAUUCCGAGAAUAAUUGGUGGUGCACAGAGGUAUGAAAAAGGGAUUAGAUGUACGGGACAGGAAGCUAGGGUUUUGAAAUUGAGUUGGCUUAACGAAAUAGGAUAGUCUAUUGAGCCGUUAGUGAGUUCGCUUAGAAACACACGGUUAGCAGAUACACGUCUAUCGGCUAGGACUGCUAGCCCAAGCAUUUGAAGUACCGGAUCAUAGUCAUGGGGUAAGUGGUCAAUGUUCAGUACCCAAGCAGUUAUUAAAUAAUAAUUAUAAAUUAAACACAUAGAUUUUUAAAUCUUUUAUUCUUUAUUCAAUAUUUAAAAUUUUAAAUACCAUAAAUAAUAAUUAAUAAUCCAAAAUAUGUUUGAUUAAUAAUUAGUUAUUCUUAUGAACAUUUUAAAUCAUAAUUAUUUAUUCACAAAUACUUAUUCGUUUAAAGCUAAAUACAUUUUGUGUAGAAAUUAUAAUUUAUAACUAAUUCAUUUGUUGUCGAUCAUGUCCACACUGAAGACGGCCAAGGGGAAACAUUAUCAACAAAUAUGUUCGACAACAAUGUUCAUCCUAGUGUAGACCCGGCUUUACGCGCGGGUAUAUUUUUUUCGUUUCGGAACUUAAAUAUUAUGAAUCCGAUUACCUGCUAUGUUUCGCGUGGGAACUUACCGAGCCCCGUAUAUAGGCACCAUAGAGGUAUCAAUAGUUUAUAUUAACGGAGUUUACUUUGUACCCAUUCGCACAGAUGCAAAAAUUAUUGAACGAAACCGAUUUAGAAAUAGAGAAGAUUAAAAUGUCUUACGCCUCGAUAGAAGAUAAAAUAAAAUCUUCCAGGAAACAAGUAAAACAGGAUAAGGAGACCGCUUUAGCUCAGGACGAGCUCAUUCUAAGCGCACGAGUUGAAAUAUAUAAAAUUUCGUCCUCGACGGCACCGGAAAAACAAAAAAUCGCCCUUAAAGUAACGUUGAUAUUCAAAUUCAGGAGUCACCCACUGUAGUAUCUAUGAUAGGACUGUGUUACAUAAGUAUCUACUGCAGUUGUGUGGGUGGAAGAUUGAAAUAAUUUGACGAUAUAGUAAUUGUUUGUCUGGUUUUUUUUGCAUCGUCUAUAGAAUCUCCUUCAUAGUAAAUUAGCAAACGAAAAUUAUCUGGCGGAUGACGUAAAUUCGGAAUUGUUACGACAGAGACAGUUUUACGAGAGAUGUUUGACCCAUCUGACGAGGCGCGUGUCAGCGUCCCAAAUGAAGAAACCCGCGCUCUACAAAUUGAUCGAGGAAAACGAACGUCUAGUCAAGGAUUUGAGCAAGUUGAAAGAAGAAGCCGAAACCAACCGGGUCCAGUACAAUGAGUUAGUGAACUCGUUACGGCAGAGCAAGAAAAAAUAA